CAAUUUAACAUUUGUUACACAUUUUCAUAGCCAGAAAAUAAGAAAUUAUAAAAUUAUAUAUUUUGUAAUAUUAUGCCAUAAACAAAAUUUAUAUGAAUUUGACACAGAGUUCUCCUUAACUAUUCCGGAAACGAGUGUCAUUCGAAAGUCUAUGACUCAUCAGAAAUACGAUUUCGUUUACAAACUCAUAACUUUCAUCCCUUAUUUUGAUUGGCUAUAACGCCGCUGAAGAAAAAAAUAGCCAAUCAGAAAUGGGUUAGUGUUUUCCAAAUCUGUCUGUCAUGGUAUGAAAAAUAUUGGUAUUUUUUAUUUGAUCAUUUAAAUUCCUACGCUGUAAUACCUAAUGUGGGUUAAAAGCUACCAAAUAUUGAUUUUAAUUAAUUAAAAUUUAAUUAUUUACAUUUCCUUAAAAGUGGCAACAAUUUUAAUUUGACAUAUAAUUUUUAGUGUUGCCUGUGCAUUAAGUGCUACGCUGGCUGUCAAUGAACGCCAGAUUUCGGCGAUACGGCACGAUGCAAUCGGGCUUUUAAUAUUAAUAAAAUCUCAAUUAAAACAUGCAUUACUCCAUUAGUGCGUGCUCGUAACUAACAAAACCCUUUCAAUAACUGAAUUACUUUCAAGUAUUAACUUCCAAUUGCUACGGCUUAGGUUAGAAUAGUUCAAGUCUCGUACACGUAUGCAGUGUUUCGGUUUUUGUACGUUUCGGUGUUGAAAAUAUGACGUAAAGUGGGAUUUCCCUAUUGUAAGACAAAGUUUCCAAGAUGCUGCCGCUGACCCAAAAGGACACCCGGUUCCCGCGCGGGCGUAUCGCCGGACUCCGCGACAAGUUGACGAAUUGGUUCAGACUAAUUUACUCUGAUAAGAAUUCCAGGAAUUUGUUUCUAUUCCUUUUACUGAACUUGUCGUUCGCCUUCGUCGAGCUGUUCUAUGGCGUUUGGACAAAUAGUUUAGGUCUAAUCUCAGAUGCAUUCCACAUGUUCUUUGACUGCACGGGCCUGGUGGCGGGCCUGGCAGCCUCGGUGAUAUCAAAAUGGCGGUCCAACGAGCGCUACUCGUACGGGUACGCGCGGGCCGAAGUGGUCGCUGGCUUCGUGAACGGCCUGUUUCUGCUGUUUAUAGCGUUCUUUAUUAUGAGCGAGGCGGUGGAGAGGGCUAUUGAGCCUCCAGAGGUCAAACACGAGCGGCUCCUCCUCGUCUCAAUCCUGGGCUUCCUAGUCAACAUGGUGGGCAUAUACGCUUUCCACCACGGCCAUGCGCACGGCCACGGUGGCCAUGGGCAUUCCCACGGCGGCCAUGGCCACUCGCACAACGGCCACGGCCAUAGCCAUGACGAAGAGGUGAACACUGGAGCUGGCAGCGCCAUCAUGAGAGGGGUCUUCCUACACGUGCUAGCUGACACACUAGGCUCAGUUGGGGUUAUCAUAUCAGCUAUCUUAAUGAGGAUGUUCGGCUGGAUGAGAGCAGAUCCUAUAUGCUCCAUGGCCAUAGCGUUACUCAUCGCUGGUAGUGUCAUACCUUUAGUACGGGACUCAGCAGGUGUUUUAAUGCAAAGGACUCCUACAGCUUUAGAGCGCGCGUUACCAAACUUGUACACAAGAGUGGUAGGGCUUGCUGGGGUCCAUGGGGUCCAGGAGCCUCAUUUCUGGACUCUGUGCAGUGAUGUGCAUGUGGGGGCCCUCAAGUUAGAAGUGGCGAAGGAAGUGGAUCCGCGGUAUGUGACGGAGCAGACUGCUAGGAUUUUUAGAGAGGCUGGUGUGAAGCAUUUAACUGUGCAAUUGGACUAUUCCCCGCUCUGAUCGUAAAUUAAUGUAAACUGUAGGGUUUAUUUAAGCGCCUUAUUGAAAACUGCUUGCGAUGACUUUAGGCGUCGUUGGUGUUCAAGGUUGUCCAUGGACCUCCAAAGGUUACAUUUCGGCUCAAAGCCUUAUAUUGUUUUAUUUACGCUGAUGUGUGCAGUUUUUUACUAGUUAAACACAUUCAAAUACAGCGUUUUAAUCGCUUUUUGAUUACUCUGUCUCGAAAAAUAAUAACAGUUGGAUCUACCGAGAAUGAAGGUAACACACCAACCAAAAAAUAAAUUUAUUUUUUAUAACAGUAUAGAGGUCCAUGUAUAAAAAUAGUACGGAAAAUCCUAGGUUUAUACAGUUUUUUAAGUACAGUACUAUAUACAGGUGCGAUUAGCAAAAAUGUUUAAUAUUGUGAUGAGAUGGUAGUUAUAUGGAGGUGUAAAUUCAUUUCACAUUUACAUGUGACAAUAUGUAAAAAGGUAUUUAAUUUGCUCGUUUUGACUUCUACUUUUAAGUAGGUACAAUAGCCAUCAGAUAUAUCGGCGCGGCUAAGAUGCUCACAAAUAUCUGAACACGUUUCUAUUGUCAAGGUGUUAAGAGUCAAUCAAUCAAUAUAAUACUAGUAACUAUUAACAUUCUACGUCCAGUUUUGUUCGCUUACAUCGACAUCUUCUUAUUGUUAUAUUGUAUUGUAGUUCGGGCGAUUUUCCGCAACUCGACGACUGGCGCCUAUUUUGCGUGACAAGGGGGGGUGGAGGGUUGGCUACUCUUGCCAGCCCAACUCCUCGAGGAAUCCUAUCAAACCUUUGAUGUUGAGUAGGACCUCGGGGAGGUCUCUCGGGGAUCCGAGAUGUUUUGCCCUGUAUGGGGCCACUCCGCUGCAUUCCAGCACCACGUGAGAGGCUGUUUCUUCUGUCUCCAUGCAUCCUCGGCACAGGGGACUGUCUGUGACACCUAUCUUCCUAUUAUUCCACUUCCUUCCUUGCCAACAAUAUGUCACAAAUAAGCCAAUAAAACGACGUUGAAAGGGUUAAAUUUGUACCUUUUAUAAAUUGUCAUUUAUAUAUUAAUUUUGUAAAAAAUAUUUCAGUAUCAUCUGCCAAACACAAAUGUAGCUAAAUACAUUUAUAUUGUGGUAUGGUUAGUAUUACUGAUGUGCCGAGGGAAAAAUCUAAAAUUGCGAAUUUCCUACAUUGGAAAGUUCCGGAAACUUCUUAUUAUUUUGUAUGGGGAUUGAAAGUUUCCGAAACAUGAAAUGGAAAUUUCUUUUAUUUCUGUGAAAUUUCCCAGACCUUUUCCUAUUUUUUGGAAACUUUCCGCAAUUUGCACAUCUCUCGUUAGUAUUAAAAGUAAAUGAUCGUUUUUGUUAUUUAUCACUCGAAAUUCAUACAUAUUCAGACAUUUUACUGUGUUGUAAUGUUUUUUUUGUGAUAGUUUACCUGAAAUGAUCAUCUUCUGUAAAUACUGACUGUUCCAUAAAUUCUACUGUAAAUUGAAGUCGUGAUGUAUAUAAACUUAUAUCUUUAAAAUAAGGUGAAUAUGAAAUUGUAUGUUUGUGGCUUCGAUGUUUAUUUAUGCAUUAUAACUGUUUUAUAAUUGCAUUUUCAACCAAAAUUACUUGUGUAAAAAAAUAUUUAGUAUAAAAAUGUACACUGUCAAUCUUUAGUAAUUAUGAGUGCGUCUUAAUCGUCUAUCGCGGCAAGCGUCACUGUCGCACUUGCUUGUUAGAACGUGACUACCACGAUGACUGACGAUGAAAGCGCAACCAGCGUAGACUUUUGACUAUCUAACUACAUCUAUCUAGAUUGUACUGUAAACAGUUAACCUUUUGAACGCUUUAUGUCAAACAAACAUCACUCAAACGACAAGCUCUCGGGCGCAAGCGUUUCUUUGCAGAUUUAUCGGAUACUCCACCGAACACUGUCUAUGACCGUAAUAAGAUUCAUAUACUAGCCGUGUCUUAUCCAACCUCGACAUUGGCAGAAUCAUCAACACCUUGAUGGAGCCAUAACACGAAAAAUUGAUUGAUUGAGUUAGUAAACCUUACUUGAAAGCGUGAAGGUUACUUUGACAGCGUACGCCAUGACACUUAUAGUUGUCCUUGGCGCUGUGGGCACGACUAGUAACGACAUCUUUAGGCGUUCUCGGCGUUCAAAGGGUUAAAGCAAUAAAAGCCAGUUGCACCAGCCAAGAUUAGCGAACUCAUCAAGGUCACUCAACAGUGAAAUAUGAAACUUCCCAUACAAUUAUAAAAUUUAGCAAACAUUAACGAGGACGACUUGGUGUAAUCGACCCUGUUUCUAAAGUCAACUAUUCCUGACAGUAUUUCCAAUUAAUAAGUGCAAUAACCUAUACCCCUGUGUAUGGUUAAAUUUAGAAACAUUGUCCUUCAUAAGGUUAAUUAUUGGCACACAAGCCAAGGAAUUAUAUAAUUUUUGGAUGCACAAAAUUGUGUUUCCAUAAAUCCCUUUGUUUGUUGCAUUUGUUGGAAAUGCAGCAUAACAAUCAUUAAAAAAACACCUAGCGAAAUAUUACAGACACUUCACUCAUGUUAAAUAUAUUUUUUCAUUUAUAAAUUGUU